CCAGGCGGUUGAGCUUUGAUGUUUCGCGGAAAAAACUGUCGCGCUCUCAAUGCCAUGGCGAGGCCAAUCCAUGGCAUUUUUUUGGUGGCAAGCAUGGGAUUGUGUGGCCGUGUUUUUGUUCAUGUCCACACUUUCAAAAGCUCCGUUGAACGAGUCUCGUUGACACGGCGGUGGGCAAGCGAUGCAAAGCAACCGCAUGCCGCCAAUGUAAGAGGAAACUUCUAUGUGGACCACACUUGCAUUGACUGCGACACAUGCCGUUGGAUGGCCCCAGAGACGUUUGGGCGCACCAGUCACGUUGCUGGGGGUCAAAGCUACGUCUAUGAACAACCGAAUGAAGAUCAGUUGGAUAUGGCCAUACGGGCGAUGGUCUCAUGCCCCACUGGCAGCAUUCGGACCCAAUCCCCUGAGAGGAGGACCAAAGAGAUCAUUGAGACCUUCCCCUUGCGCGUGAGCAAUGAAUUGCCCCGUGUCUUUCACCUGGGAUUCCACAGUGCAAAGAGUUUCGGGGCAUCAAGCUACUUCAUUCCGUUGUCAAUGCCGUCCGGUGAACGACUGAAUAUCAUGUUCGAUUCCCCACGAUAUUCCUCCAAGCUAGCCAAGCUCCUGGAUGCUGCUGGGGGCGUCGACCUCAUGGUGAUGAGCCAUAAGGAUGACGUGGCAGAUCACAACAAGUGGAAGGAGCGCUUUCCUUCUAUGAGGCGUGUCAUGCACGCGGCGGAUGUGCGGGGUCCAGAUGCAUGGCCUUACAUCGACAUGACCGGCGUCGAGGAGCAGCUGGAUGGGAAGGGUCCAUGGAUCUUGGCAGAUGGUGUGAAGGUCCUCCACACUCCAGGGCAUAGUGCUGGUUCGAUCACCCUCAUUUUGGAUGGCCGUGUGACUGGCGGGGACGGUGCGGCCUUCACUGGUGAUCACUUGGCCAUGAACGGGCGCUUGGGGCGCCUAGAUGGUUUUGCUCGUUACUCCGAUGAUUUAGACCUGCAAGCCGAAUCCAUGCGCAGGUUGGCAGAGGAGGACUUCCUUUGGAUCCUCCCGGGCCACGGCCGCCGGGUUCGCUUUGCUUCGGCCCAGCAGCGGCAGGCGGAGCUGCGCCAAGCCGCGGCGCAGUAUUUGUCCGACCCACGAGGGGCCCAAGCACCGGGGCCCAUGUUUCAUGUCGCGUAGCCCGUGAUCAAGUCAGAUCACUCCGCCCACCGGAGCUGCCAUGCGUGCACACUGGGUCAAAAAGGGGUGUUGCGGUGUUGCAUGUCAUCAUAUGUCAUCUCUCAGUCGGUCAACAGGUUUUACUCUUUUCUGAGUAUGGUCGACAUGCAACGUCCACUGGGUCACGGGCGUGAAGUAUUGUGAACUCACCCAUCGCUAUGGGAGUGACGGUGUACUGUUUACUAGCGGCCAAUAUGGCUGGCGCAUUCUCAUGGUGUUGCACCUACUGGCGGCAUGGGUUGCGUGUUUUUGAGUCAAACCGCUUUCCUCGGUGCAUGUCCACGACAGAUUGAAGCGGAAGGGUACUGUAUACUUCCUGAAUUAACUACUUUCGGGUACUUCCUGAGUUGUUCAGCUGAGCAAGUUUCGUGGCUUCUUUCGGGCCAUUUUUCCUGCAGUGCCGAUCCGUAUUGGAUGCAGGUUGCAGGCCCAUUGGAGCGUUGGUGCUCAUUUAUGUCGCCUGCAAUCUGCUCACCCUUGAAAUCCUAUAGCAUGUGCCAUGACUCAAGUGUACAGACUGCUUGCAGGUGCAGUAGGGAAAAGAUUGGACAGUGGAACGGCGAAGCGCAGCCACGAAACUUCUGCAAUUCAUUAAUUCCGUGGCAGCUCAAGCUCCUCAUGCCUGGAAUACUGAAUGAGAUGUAGGCGCCGUACACGGAUUGGGC